AUGGGACGCUCCACGGCCUGGAGCCUCUGCCGCAGUGGAAACCAUGUGGUGCUUUUGGACGGUGGUCAUGCAGAGAAGGGCAGUUGGGGAGAGUCCCGAAUCGCGCGAUUGAGCUAUGCCGAUCCUGUCAUGGUGCGGCUUGCCCGCCGUUCCUACGAGCUUUAUGGCACUCUCAGCCAAAAGGCAUCGCAGCCCAUCAUGUACAAGACAGGUUGUCUGGACGUGAGCUGUCGUAAGGACUUGUUGGACAAUUUGGCCAAGACAUAUGAAGAUUUGGGGCAACCAUAUGAACGAUUGAACCACAAGCAGGUGGAGCAGCGCUGGCCAGUGCUACAGCUAACAACCGACUAUGUGCAGGCAUCCGUCUAUUGCCCCGAGGGCGAUGCAGUGGCUCUGGGAGUAGUGAUGGAGACUCUGAAGGAUCAGAUUCACACUCUUGCUGGGCCCGCUGCUUACAUCGACGAGUCGGUUGUGAGUAUUGACCGGCAAAAGAAGACGGUGACCACAGAGGAUGGCACCGUCAUCUCCUAUUCGAAACUGGUCUUAGCUGCUGGCAUUUGGACCAACGGUCUCUUGCAAAAGAUGAAUCUGUCCUUGUUGCCCUUGGUAGCUACCAUCGAGCAAAACACAUACUAUGCUCCAUCAAAAGGUCGGGAGCCGCUUUAUGGCAUCAGCGCAAUGCCAGUGGUAAAAGAACACAUGCCACCCCCAAAUGGGAUGAAGAAAUUUGGAGGCUACAUGAUCCCACACAUGCCCAACGGAGUUGAGGGUGUCAAAUUUGGAAUGCAUCGACAAGGCCCUGUACUGGAGCACGAGGUCUGA